GUUUUUCUGAUUUUUAAAUGAAAUUAAUAAUAUCAAAAAUAAUUAAUAAAUUGACACCUUAAAUACUAAUAAAAUACAAAAAAUACACAGUAGCAAAAAUAAAAUAAUUAAUAAUGGAAGAUUUUUUGGAUAUUUAGAUUAUUCGUGAGCAAGCAAUUAUCAUGGGAAACGGAGCUCAUGAGCUUAGAAAUUUCUUUGCUAUGACUAAGAAAAAUGAUUUACCAGAACUUAUUGCUAUUGAUACAUUAGCUGCCUAAGUUGAAAACUAAUCUAGAUAAUUUGUAUAAAUCAGCUUGAAUCCUGCUAAUUUACUCAAACCCGAAACUGGAAAGAAUAUUUUAAGAUCGAUUUAUAGGGCAAAUAAUUUCUUCUUGCGUAACCUUAAACUAGAUACUAAAGAACUAGGAUACAGUCUUAUGUCUAAACAGUUGCUAAACUAGAUAAUUGAAAAUAUUGAAUUGCAGCAAAAGAUUGUAAAAAAUCUUGAUAAAUAGCUUAAUGCAGUAUUUAACAGCUAUCUUGACUAAGGCAUAGAAGAUGCCUAAAUAAUUGCUGAUUAAUUCAAGGAUAAUCAACUUUACAAAUAGCUCAACUAUAAUCUCGAUCUUAGUUUAGCCAAAAGUUUAGAGAAUCUUAACCUUGAGAACUUAGUAGAGACUGCUAAAAGCACUUGCAACAAAGCCCAUAGCAUUUAAAAUGCUAUAUGUACUUACUAAACUAUAGAAAAAGUAAAGAACCCUGCUAAUUAAAUCAACAACUUAUCAGGUAAUAUUGAAAAUUAAUUCAGAGCUAUUCUUCAAGCUUUUGGCUAACAAACAAACAACCCUAACGGAGUAAAAUAGGUUAUUCAGAAUUAGACUAAAGCAGCAAUAGAAUAAAUUACCUAAAUUACUAACCACCAAAAAUCUAUCUCAGCCUUUUACCCAUAAGAAAUGAAGUACAUAACUGAAGCUUGUGAUUAAAUAAUGCUUUCUAUAUCCUACUUCUAAGAGAUAGCUGAAUCAAAAAUCGUAGAAGUGUUAAAUUGAAAAAUAAUUAAUUAUAAAACACAUAAAAACAAGAAAUAAUAAAAAGAAAUUUGUUUAUAAAUAUAAAAUUUAUUUUAACUUUAUAUUAAAAAAUCAUUUAUAAAAAAUGUAUUUACUUUUUAUUAAAUUUUUAAAACUAAAAAGAACUCCUAAUUUUUAUUAUAAUUAAUACAUUUAAAACAAGUUAAAUUGUAACAAUA